CAUGCUUCCUGGAAACCUUCGCUUCAUAAAGAACUACCGGCUGAGGAAGGGAAGACUUUACUUGAGCUUGUGAUUGAACAGUUUGAAGAUUUGUUAGUUAGAAUUUUGUUGCUGGCAGCAUGCAUAUCCUUUGUGUUGGCCUGGUUUGAAGAAGGUGAAGAAACAAUCACAGCCUUUGUAGAGCCUUUUGUAAUCUUACUCAUAUUAGUAGCCAAUGCAAUUGUGGGUGUGUGGCAGGAGAGAAAUGCUGAAAAUGCCAUUGAAGCACUUAAAGAAUAUGAACCUGAAAUGGGCAAAGUGUACCGGCAAGACAGAAAAAGCGUACAAAGAAUAAAAGCAAGAGACAUUGUCCCUGGUGAUAUCGUGGAAGUCGCUGUUGGUGACAAGGUUCCUGCUGACAUAAGAAUUACAUCUAUAAAAUCCACAACUCUAAGGGUAGACCAGUCAAUUCUCACAGGUGAAUCUGUGUCAGUAAUUAAACACACGGAUCCAGUGCCUGAUCCACGUGCAGUGAACCAAGACAAGAAGAACAUGCUCUUUUCUGGUACAAAUAUUGCUGCAGGCAAAGCCAUGGGUGUGGUGGUGGCCACAGGAGUGAACACUGAAAUAGGCAAAAUUCGUGAUGAAAUGGUGGCUACUGAGCAAGAGAGAACUCCACUUCAGCAGAAAUUGGACGAAUUUGGAGAGCAGCUGUCAAAGGUCAUCUCACUUAUAUGCAUUGCUGUGUGGAUAAUCAACAUUGGGCAUUUCAAUGAUCCGGUUCAUGGCGGUUCCUGGAUUCGAGGUGCCAUCUACUAUUUCAAAAUUGCUGUUGCACUUGCUGUGGCUGCAAUCCCAGAGGGGCUGCCUGCUGUCAUCACCACGUGUUUGGCUCUGGGCACUCGCCGAAUGGCCAAGAAGAACGCAAUUGUCCGAAGCCUGCCAUCCGUGGAAACCUUGGGCUGCACUUCUGUCAUCUGUUCAGACAAGACAGGCACUCUUACCACCAACCAGAUGUCAGUUUGCAGGAUGUUCGUUGUGGACCGAAUCGAAGGGGAUAGUUGUUCUCUCAAUGAAUUUACUGUGUCUGGCUCAACAUAUGCUCCUGUAGGAGAAGUGCAUAAAGAUGACAAACUUGUCAGAUGCUCUCAGUAUGAUGGGCUUAUAGAAUUGGCAACUAUCUGCGCCCUUUGCAAUGAUUCCUCCCUGGAUUUCAAUGAGGCUAAAGGAGUGUACGAGAAAGUUGGCGAAGCAACAGAAACUGCCCUCACUUGUCUGGUUGAGAAGAUGAAUGUGUUUGACACAGAACUGAAAGGGCUGUCCAGAAUUGAACGGGCAAAUGCUUGCAACUCGGUCAUAAAGCAACUCAUGAGGAAGGAGUUCACCCUUGAAUUUUCCAGGGAUAGAAAGUCCAUGUCAGUGUACUGCACUCCAAACAAGCCUAGCCGAACUGCCAUGACCAAGAUGUUUGUUAAGGGUGCGCCUGAGGGUGUAAUUGAUAGGUGUACGCAUGUCCGGGUUGGAAGCACUAAGGUGCCAUUGACACCUGGAAUUAAGCAGAAGAUCUUGAGUGUCAUCAGAGAGUGGGGCACAGGGAGAGAUACUCUGCGUUGUCUGGCUCUUGCUACACAUGAUAAUCCAUCAAGAAGGGAAGAUAUGAAGUUGGAGGAUUCCGCAAAUUUCAUUACCUAUGAGACCAAUUUAACCUUUGUUGGUUGUGUGGGGAUGCUGGAUCCUCCACGAAUUGAAGUUGCAUCAUCCAUAAAAUUGUGCCGGCAAGCUGGCAUUCGUGUGAUUAUGAUAACAGGGGACAACAAGGGGACUGCAGUUGCCAUCUGUCGCCGUAUUGGCAUCUUUGGGGAGGAUGAGGAUGUCACCACAAAAGCCUUUACAGGCCGGGAGUUUGAUGAACUUUCUCCAGCUGCCCAGAGAGAUGCCUGCCUGAAUGCUCGGUGCUUUGCUCGUGUGGAGCCUUCCCAUAAGUCAAAGAUUGUCGAGUUUCUACAGUCUUUUGAUGAGAUUACCGCAAUGACAGGUGAUGGUGUAAAUGAUGCUCCAGCCCUGAAGAAAGCAGAGAUUGGAAUUGCUAUGGGAUCAGGCACUGCUGUGGCAAAGACUGCUUCAGAAAUGGUGCUGGCAGAUGACAACUUCUCAACCAUUGUGGCUGCUGUGGAAGAGGGCCGUGCAAUCUACAAUAACAUGAAACAGUUCAUUCGCUACCUCAUCUCCUCUAAUGUCGGAGAGGUUGUCUGUAUUUUCCUGACUGCUGCUCUGGGUUUCCCUGAAGCAUUGAUCCCUGUCCAACUCUUGUGGGUAAAUCUUGUGACAGAUGGACUCCCUGCUACUGCUCUGGGCUUUAACCCUCCGGAUCUGGACAUCAUGAACAAACCACCUCGCAAUCCCAAAGAGCCCCUGAUCUCUGGGUGGCUCUUCUUCCGUUACUUAGCAAUUGGAUGCUAUGUUGGAGCUGCUACUGUAGGAGCUGCUGCUUGGUGGUUUAUUGCUGCUGAUGGUGGCCCAAGAAUUACCUACUACCAGCUGAGCCAUUUCUUACAGUGCAAAGAUGACAAUCCAGAGUUUGAAGGAGUUGUCUGUGAAGUCUUUGAGUCUCCAUAUCCUAUGACAAUGGCACUUUCUGUCUUGGUCACAAUAGAAAUGUGUAAUGCCCUCAACAGCCUAUCAGAAAACCAGUCUUUGUUAAGGAUGCCUCCCUGGGAGAAUGUCUGGCUGCUGGGUUCCAUUUGCUUGUCCAUGUCCCUUCACUUUCUUAUCCUUUAUGUGGAGCCACUGCCACUGAUCUUCCAAAUCACACCUCUGAACCUGACUCAGUGGCUGAUGGUAUUGAAAAUCUCGCUGCCCGUCAUCCUGCUGGACGAGACGCUUAAGUUUGUGGCCCGUAACUACCUAGAGCCUGGUAAAGACAGUGUGCCACCUCCCACCAAACCGCGUUCUUUGUCCGCAUGCACCGAAGGGAUUUCCUGGCCAUUUGUGCUCAUUACCCUCCCCUUGCUUAUCUGGCUGUAUAGCACAGACACUAACUUUAGUGACAUGUUCUUGUCUUGACCUGAGGUGAUGGUAGUUUGACAGAGAGAUGUUUAACUUAAUUGGUUUUUUUUAUUGUUUAAAGCAAUUGUCUUAUUCUGCUGAAUUUUCACAUGAACAUAUUUGCUGGUGACGGAGGUUCCAUAUUAAAACUUUUGGUUUUUUCUCUCUUAUUUUUUUCCCCUGACUCCAGUGGGGAAAGUAGUAUCCCCCACCCUUUUAUACACAGCUAGGGUGUCCAUUGACAUGUACAGAGAAAUUAACACUAUUUUAUGCAAAUAUUUUUUGUAGAGGAGAAGCAUGUACAGUGUUCUGUUUAAUAGUCAACUCAUCCUUGUAAAAACAAAUUUAAAAAAAGUGUUUUUCGGGGGGAGUGCCAGUGGACACUAUAUAUUGAGCAAACUGUAAUUGGUAGCAGAUUUUAGGGAAUGAAUGUCUGUGUAUGUGUGUUUUUGUUUUUCUUAAACUAAAAGCAUGCAACUAUUUGUCUUCUGCAUGGUCAUCUAAUCUUAAUUUGUCAUUCAUUUGGUUUUUUCUGCACUGGGCAGAUUAUACUGCUACCUCAGUAUCUUUCUUCCCUACCUGUAUUUUUGCCUUUUCCUUUCUGUUAGUUUUAGAUUCAAACUAAAGCUUGUUUACACCUGUCUUUGUGAGAGGUAUGCCUAUUCUUGCUGGUGCAGAAAACACCAUUCGAGGGGCAACCUGCUAGUAUUCCCUCCCAACUCUCCUCAACACAUGUAGGUUUUUUUUUAACAUGAAUUAUUUAUUUUAAAAAUAUCAUAUGCAUUUUUAUUGUAACAGCAUUGUUUCACCAGCAUUGCCCACUUGGGAAGGGUGGGGGAAAGGCAGAAGAGGGAAAAGACUACCUGGAUGAAUUAAAAGGAAAAAACAAGAAUAAUAAAACUUUUUUUAAUUGAAAAAUUACUGCUUUUCAUUUCAUUUAUACCAUAGGAGACUGUUGAGUUCCAUUUUAACUAAUAGGAUCUAUGUGCCAGAUUUUUCUCUUCCUUUUUGAUUGAGGGCAUUUGUAAUGGGACCUGGAAACGAACAACUCUCACAUAUAAUCCACUGGCCACAUCCUACCCUGAAGUGGAAAAGUAACAAAAUUGUGUGUGUGCGUGUAUGUACAUGUGUGUUUUUUGUAAGAUCUGUAAAUACCACAUGACCAAAUGAACAUAUUGUAUAGAACUAUUUUUAUUUUUAAUGUGGCACUAACCACCAUCAUUCUAUUGCGAUAAAUGUUAGCGCAUGAUGUCGUGUUUUCUCCCCCUCCAAAUUGAGUCCUGUAUCAACCAAUGUGUAAGUUCAUUAACAGUCCUAACUGUGUGGUGUUUCUCUCCAAUGCCUUCCAACAUUCAUCGACUGAAGUGAGUAUUCCUUCUAUUUCACCAUUUCAGUGGUGAUACACUGUGUAAAAAAAAAAGAGAGAGAGAGAGACAAAAGAUAGCAUAUGCUGUAUAAAUGUUAACAAUAAAUGCUAAUUUUUCCUUCA